GGAUGAGGAGAAAGAAUGCAGGAGUAAAAGUGAGAGAAGACAGGGUAAGUGUGCUUCUAUAUGCAGAUGAUGUGGUAGUCAUGAGUGAGUCAGCGGAGGAACUGCAGGAACUAUUAGAUGUGGUAAAUGAGUAUGGGAGAGAUUUUGGAGUGAAAUAUAGUAGUGAGAAAAGUCAGAUAAUGGUUGUGAAUGGGGCAGAAGAUGAGAGAAAUAGGACCUGGAGGCUAGGAGACACAGAGCUAGGGCAAACAGAUGCAUACAAGUACCUGGGUGUAUGGAUGAGUCCGAGCGGAUGUGAAAGGACAAAAAAUGAGAAGAUUAGCCUAGUCAAUCAAUGGGUGGGCCGUCUGGGAAGUGCGGCAAGAAUGAGAGCAUGUAAGUAUGAUGUGCUGAGAGAGGUGUGGAAGAGUGUAGCAGUGCCGAGUGUGAUGUAUGGGAUGGAGGUGAUUACAUGGAGUGAGUUGGAAAUGGAUAAAUUGGAAGUAGGGCAAAAUAGGAUCGGUAGGUUAGCUUUGAAUGCACCAAGGUAUGCGGCGGUGGAAGCUUUAAGGGGUGAUAUGGGGUGGAGUAACUUUAGGGAAAGAUUUAGGAAGGCUACCCUUCGAUACAAAGUCAGAUUGGAAGGAAUGGAGACGCGAGAUUGGCACGAAAGGUUUACUUGUGGAGUGUGCAUGAGAGCAAAUGGAUUAAGAACUGCAUGAGAAUGGUUGGUGACAAUGGUAUGCGAGUCAGGUGGGUGAGCAGAGAGGAAGGGAGGCGUUUCUUUGAAUGGUAGGUGACUGACAGAAAUAGUGAGGGUCUAGAAUGGAAUGUGAGAAAGUGGAAGAAAGAGAUAGACAGUGCAGUGAAAGGUGACGGUCUGAGGAGGUGGAAGCAUGUGAUGGAGCGAAAGACUACUUUGGAGUGGUACAGGGAAAAGGAAGCCCCGCAGUGUGUCAGCUGGUAUGAUGGAAGCCUGGGUGGUGAUCUUCUCUUCCAAGCUCGAGCGCAGUGUAUGAAUGUGAAUGCAAGAAACUACAGGUGGUCUGAGUCCCGCAGCAAAGUGUGUCAGAUGUGUGACAGGGGUGUGGAUGAAACUGUCGUGCAUGUGAUACUGGUGUGUGGGAGGUACCGGAGAGAUAGGAUGGAGAUGAUGAGGGUGGCACUGAGUGAGAUGGGCUGCAGGGAUGUGAAUGGGAGGAUUGCAAGGACAGAGAGGGAAUGGAUGCUGCUGCUGCUGGGACUGAGUGAUGAAGCAAAUGAUAGAAUUAUAGAAGCCAUGAAGGGUUUUCUGGAAAAGAUGUGGUGUGCAAGAAAUAGGGAAUUGGAAGAUUUGUAAUGGAUACUGCUUGUGUUGUUUUAUUUUUACAGGGUGUGCCGAUACGAAGGCCUGACUCUCCAACGGGUCACCUGUACAGCAAGAGCAAGAGCAGUUGUUUACGUUUUGCCGCGGGGAGUUGCACGUGUGGGCGGCGUUCAAAAAGAUUUACGUUUAUUUCACGUUCCUGACCUCGCCCGCCUAUAAAAGGCGGGCGUGACAUCGGAGUUACAACAGUGUGCCUUCCCCAGGUCCUCGUUUCUCCAGGGCGUAGCUCCGUUACCCUGGGGGGCCUAUGGGGGUGCAGGGUACAGGCACCCAUCACUCCGGGACACCUUGCCUCAGUGCUCAUCUCUGUCAAAUUAAAGACUCAAGAGCUGCGUGAAGAAGCUGAGCAGCGUCUCCCUGGCCUGGGCGUGGAGUGAGCUGGUCCCCUCAUCACCAGCACCAUAGACUAGGGGAUGGGGUGCUCCUGGGCGGACCAGAGGAUGUCCACUGUGCUGGUCACUCCACACUCCUAUCAAGGCCGUGCUGGACAGGCUCAGUGACGACUCAGACACACGUCAAAUAUCUUCCCUCAGAGGCACUGACAGGCUUCUACAGUGGUAGGGCUGAAGCGACACAUCCUGGCGGGGGGCACCUUUGACAGCCCAGGACACACCUCCGCCCCCGCCAGCAACCUCAUCACCCGACUGCUAGUUCAGGACCCAGCGCAGUAGUCCAACCCAGAAGAGAUUGCUGCCACGAGUACCUGGCUAGUGCCCCCCUCUUAUGUACUAGCCCUGACCUUCAGCGACAACCCUGACCCCAUGGAGUGUUCCUGUGACCAUGUGUACCACAAGAACAGCGCUGUGCUCCCUGUGGAAGGCUGUGACCUGCCCACCGUCAUGGCCGGAGGUCACCAGGAGCAACACAGCACCAGGAGGUAAAGUUACCCAGUGCUGCUUACCUGCCUGGCCACCUGGCUGCCCUGAAGCCUCCUCUCAGCAAGGGCAGCACCUUGUGUGAGGCGUGUGGUCGAGGGUUCAGCAGGAAGGAGGCGCUCCAGCGGCACGAGGCAAGAGUCCACGGGAAGGCCCACGGCAGCCACCAGUGUGGCUGCACCUUUCCCCACACCUCCCUGCUGGCCGAGCACCUCAGGCCACAACAGGGAUGCACUUGUCCGGAAUGUUCCAAGGUGUUCAGACCUGGCGGCCGUCAAGUUUUACCCUCCUGAGCUGCUAGUGUUGGUGGUGCCCAGGCUGGAACACUCCCCGCCCAGGGCUAUGCCAACCUGAGGAGGCACAGCAAGACCCUGCCCCUGGCUUAUAAGGACCACUGCGUGUAAUGAAAAGCACUAGAAAUUAAUCCAGACAAGGAAAGGUUUGCCGGCGCCGGGGAUCGAACCUGCGACCAGUGUAACGGGAGAGCCACUCCUUUACCAGUCGGCCAAAGAGGUACCCCCCUGGCUAAGUGGGUUAUGGGAGGCUCGUUCAUCAGGCCGUCGCCGCACUACGUACCUGGCGGCCGUCAAGUUUUCCCUCCUGAGCUGCUGGUGUUGGUGGUGCCCAGGCUGGAACACUCCCCGCCCAGGGCUACGGCAACCUGAGGAGGCACAGCAAGACUCAUCCUGGCUUAUAAGAGGGACCAUCAAGAAACAUGAUCCCCGCUGCUGCCACCACCACCGGGUUAACAUGUGCCGGCGACGAUCUGUUCACACGUCACUCGCCGCAGCGUUGAGGCGGGAUGCAGCGUGCUCUGAGGCAACCCCGGGCAGGAGGCAACAUGUGACCUCCUGCGCCAAACCUUUGACCUCUAUUCAGGAGCAGUGAUGCCCGCCCCCAUGUGACAUGAUGACAUGAUGGCCCAGGAAGCGGGCCUGCGGACGCUGCUGGCCCCGCCGCCUCCCGCACGCCACGCCCCGGACAGGCCAACUCUCAGUCGGCGGCCGCGGCGCGUCUCUUCCUUCUGGUGCUUCUGCUGGGGCUGCCAUGGCUGUGCUCUCAGGUUCCUGAGGGACUGGUACAAUGUUAGCAUCUACGAGAACUCGCUGCCCAGGACGCACGUGUCCGGGAAGGAGCUCAUGGGCGUGUCCCUCGAGAACCUGCCGCCCACCACCCACGUCACGUACACUAUAGCUGACGAGGACACGCACGGCUUCUUCACGGCCGAGUCGGAGGUGGUUGGCGGCGUCGUGGUGCUGCACGUGAGGACAAAAACAGGGCUGCGGGACGUGCUGAACCGUGAGCGGCGGGAGCGGUACAACUUAGUGGUGGAGGCGCAGUCCCGCAGUGCCGUCCGCCGCGGUGCGCCCCUCAGGGCCAGGGCCAACGUGACGGUGCGGGUGCUAGAUACGAACGAUAACAUACCGUUGUUUUUUCCCACGUCGUACCAGGUGAGCGUGGGCGAGGACGCGGCGCUCCACACGCCGCUCCUCUCCGUGACGGCCCACGACACCGACGACGGCACCAACGGCCAGGUCUACUGCCUGCUGCAGGACCACACGUCAAACCUGUUCGCCGAUCACCCGACCAAGGGCGUCCUGAGCAAAGCACGCCCACUCUCCCACACCUGUGGGCGGCCACACAGGAUAACAGUCCUCGCCCAGGACCGCGAGCCGCAGCCGCCUAACACGCGGGCCUCCGCCGCGGCGCUAGCCACAGUGGAGGUCCAGGUGUACCAAGUCAACAUCCACGCGCCAAGAAUCUCGGUGCAGCAUCUGCCCCACGUGGUCGAGCACGCCCACACCCACAUAUGCGCCAUCAUCAAGGUGGACGACGAGGAAGAGGGCGAGAGCGGCCGCGUGGACCAGGUAGUCAUCGUGGCCGGGGACCCCGACAGGCUCUUCAGCGUCACACAGGUCCACGACAAGGAGUACAAUCUUGUGGUGCUCAAGCUGCUGGGCCGCGAGCUGGCGCCAGCUCGCCUGUUAUAUUUGCCGAUCUCCCACCCAAAACCUGUCUCUGGCGCCCAAUAGCGAGACUCAGAUAUAGUUAUCACUAAAACCGUUGAUUCCUGAUGUGUUUUGGCAAUGGUUAAGCGUCGAAAACCGGUAAAUGCACGAGGGCGAGAUGAUGAAGGCAAGUUAUCCCAGCAUCGUUUCCAGAUUGUCGUACUAGGAGCAUAGCUGGGCACGAUAACAGAAAGCCUUAUUCCCGAUAACCGAUAACUGAUAAUGAAAAACCUUAUCGGUGAUAACCGAUAUUCGUUAAAUGGAGACACAAAUAUAGGCGAUAACCGAUAACCGAUACCGAUAUGAAUCCACAAUUCUGAUACUAGCUAGCGAUAAGUCCGAUAGGCGAAAAUGAUACUAUAUUGAUAUUUCAGAUAGAAAAACAUAGAUGAAUUCAAAUUUUCAUUAUCUGUAUUUUAGAAAACUUACAAAACCUGAAAACCACACGUUGACACGUACAUAUGGACGGUAAUACUAGAAACGCCUGAACCGGUGUUGUGUUAUUUGGCGUCCCCACUGUCAGAAGCUGGCGCUUUUGUUUACAAACACUGGUCUCUCGUGAACUGCGCAUGCUCAGACCAGCAAGCGUAGA